GGGCGCACCCUGACGUAGCACACGCUCUCCAGGGCGUUGUUCUUCUAUAAUGAGAAACUUUAUAACUGCGGCGUUACCUCUGGCAUCAAAAUACUCGCUGAAGUUUGGGCUGGAGAACUGCUGCAGGACGUUUCUCUCGAGAUUCUUUGCUGAAUUCUUGCUCUCCUGCUUGGUCUGCUUUGUGCUCGGAUCAUUUCAAAGUUGCUAGUAUUAAAUCUAACUGAAAAAUGCUGCUCCUGUUGCUGGGAAUCAUCAUUUUGCACAUUGCUGCUUUGGUGCUUCUAUUUGUAUCGACCAUUGUUAGCGCUUGGGCUUAUGAUGGAAACACGAGUUCUGAUCUUUGGUCAAACUGCACUACAACCAAUGGAGGGAGUCACUGUGACCAAGCUUUCACAGGGGAGUGGAUCCAAGCGGUCCAGGCUCUCAUGAUCCUGUCCAUCAUCUUCAGCGUCCUGUCCUUGUUUCUCUUCUUCUGCCAGCUCUUCACUCUCCAGAAAGGUGGACGUUUCUUCCUCACUGGAAUCUUCCAAAUACUUGCAAGUCUCUUUGUGAUGAGUGGAGCAAUCAUUUACACAGUAAAAAGCACGGAGUGGUUGUCGCAGGCUGCCACAUAUGGGUUUGCCUAUAUACUGGCAUGGGUGGCAUUCCCCUUGGCACUGAUCAGUGGAUUAAUCUACGUCAUCUUGAGAAAACGUGAAUGAGUUCUCCUUCUAAAGCACCAAGACAUCAGUACUACAGCGUCCACAGCCAAAUUGAAACGGAUACAAGAGAUAAAAAACAAAAUUACUGUUAUAGUUUGAAGAUGUAUAUAGUAUCUAUGGUUUAAACCUAUUUAUAACACUUUUUACAUACAUGUAUAUAGUAUUGUGUUGCUUUGUUGACAAUGAUUCUCUGUUUGAGCUUUGUUAAGCUAAUGAAGUGCCUCCAGAACACUCUUGUCAUGGUGAAAUAACCACCUUUUUUAUUUUUUUUUAUCUUUCAACCAACAAACACAACGGAAACCUAAGAGAUUUCGGUAUUUUAACCAACGCGCAUGUAUGGAUUAGAAGUCUAGAGAUGGUUUGUUUUAACUGUGCUCGUUUUAGGGGAAAAAAAGCUACCAACAAAAAAAAAAAGACUGCUAGAAUAAACAAUUUAAAAAGUAGCUUGAUGACUUUGAAACAUUAUUUUUCUCUUUGUGAUGAUAAACCAAAAAUAGGUCUUUUCUUAAUUUUUUUUGUUGAAAAAAUGGUGCUAUGUAUUCUACCAUUCCUAUUAUUGAUAGUCACUUAGCCCUCUCUCAAGAGUCAAUUAACACAAUUUAAAUAUUAAAAUGAACAGCAUUUUAAAAAAGGAAUUGACUUCAAUGUAAUGUACUUGUACCUAACUGCUUCUGUACAUAGAGGAUUAUACUAAAUUUUCUUUUUUUAAAUAAAAGCAUUUAAAGAAAACUAUAAUGGCUUGACGUGUUAGUGAAGCUAACAGUUCAACAGUAUAGCUGGGAAUGAACUUUACUGUCAUACCGCCUAUUCAUAUUAAAACUAAAAUACUAAAAGGUGUUAAAAUAAUAUUAUAACCACUUUUAUGUCUACAGUAGCAUAGGUCAUUAAGAUGUCUGGUAGAAUUUGAGUUUAAAAUUCUUCAUGUUUGUCGUGCACGCUUGACAAAAAUCCUUCCCAUCAUCCCUUUCACUGGAAUGUUGGAUGUGUUUGGGAAGGCUAAAAGAACUUAAAACUACAAAGAAAUCUGCGUUUUGUUUUUCUUAGUUUUCAUUAGAGAGCAUGUGUUUAUGUGAUAUUGCUGCUGAGUGAGUUCAAUUAGAUACUAACCUGUUUCCUGGUUGUCUGCUUAUGAAAGGGGCAUUAUUAUGGCUUGACUCUUACCUGUAGCAUGACGAUUUUAGCAGCUGGGGAUGGUGGCAGUAGCUGAUAGCUAUUCACACUGGGGCUGAGCCAUGUGCAGUAUUAAGGGAUAAGUCGACUCAGCAGAAUGCAAAGCACUAGGCUGGCAAGAUGGAAAGUAUUUCCAGUUUAAGAGCAAAACUUUGAGUACUAUUGACCCAGCUGGAAAACAGUUCUCCCACCUCUUAAAAUACUUCAAUGAAGCCUUUUGCCAUUUCCUGUCCUUGCUGUUAUAAACACUAAAAACAGAAAGCAAGGCCUGGAGUGAUUAACAACUCAGCCUUGUCUCAAACAUGGCUCUCAGUGGUUUUACUUGAAGUUUAAAUUGAGCAUAGUUUUCUCGUGCGAUGCGUCAACCUGUACUGCAAUUUCAGGGCAUCAGCCACGUUUCACAAUAAACCUCCUUAAGGCAAAUUGUAAAUAGCAUUUCAUGCAGGAUAUAGGAUAUCAUGAUAUUUAAGUGGAUAUUAAAGUGCAAAAAAAAACAUUGUAGUCCUGCAAGGCAAAGGAUUUGGUUUGAGUUAAAAAUGUAAAAUAGCUGUGAAGAUUACACAAGAUGUGUUUUUAAAACAGAGCAGAAUAUAAUAAGGAGGAGAUUUUUGAAUAUUUUUGAAUACUUUUUGAAUAUUAGUGAUACUAGUAGUCACUCCAGUGAUGGUAGUUUCCAGACCAAUAAUGCCUAAAUGUAUUCAGAUGGCAUUGGUACAAAUAGAGAAGGCAAUAAUAAUAAUCACAAUGUUGUUAUAUUUGUUGGUUAUUGGAUUAACUUAACUUCCUGUUAGCAAAAAUGUUUGGCAAAGCAGCAAGUGAACUAUGUUUUAUCUGCCUUUUUGAUAUUAAAGAUAAUACAAAUACUAAAACAGCAUAGCCAUACUGUAAAUCUAUUGUCUAAGGCAGCCAAGUUCUAAACAUUUCUGUUACUAAGUACUCUAGUAUUAGAUGCUUCUGUUUGGUAAACCACUUUGUUACUUUAAAAUGCCACAGACACACAUCUGUUGCAUCUUUCAACCAAAGCUAAGAUUCAUGUUACAAGCCUGGUAUCACAUACCCAGUGAUCUCAUUACUGGUUUAUUUCUGCAUGUGGGUUUUAUUUCUCUGUGAUUGCCAGUAAUGUGUAACAGUGAAAUUGGGAGGGGGAGGAGGAGGUGGAAAUGGAGAUGUCUGGAAUGGGGUUUUCAGUCCCAAUUAUUUUACAAGAGUAAUAAGACAAAAAAAAACUUUUAAAUUCUGCAAAUUCAGCCUAGUCUGAAGUGUCAGUAGGGGUGAGAUCUUGGUAUUGAUUGUCAAAGCAGCUUGUCUUCCCAGUUGUUGCCAAAUACUUUGUUUCGUUUUUUUAAAGAGCAAAUCAUUCUGUAAAGGCAACAAUGUACAAUGUGUUGCUAAUUGGUCUCCCAGCAGUGUGAAAGUGUAUUAAUGUGAUUUCUAACUCUUCUCAUCUUAUGUAAGGGAGUAGAAUAUGCUGAUUUAUUUUCGAGCAAUUGAAUGUUAUAAAGUGUUUGUAACGCUUGUCCUUGGUGACACAAGAAAUUUAGUUUGUCCCUGUUCCUUUAAUUUGUAGCUUCUGUAACCAAUCAUCAUGUUUCUUGUUGCCUGUUAGAGGUGGUGUGAGGGUUGAGAAAACACAGGAAGUCAGUCUGAGGGGAUCGAAGGUCUCUGAUGAAGUCUGGCAUUCUGCUAACAUGGUGGGUGGAUACAGUCUGAAAUAUACUUGACAUGUUUUGUGUUUUUACAUUUAAAAGUAAUUCAAAUAAAAAAAAAGAUGAUUACUACCAAA